AGAGGCGCAGAGGAACUUCCUCUUCUGGAUGACUGAUGGGAGGAAGUUGGUGUGCAGAGCGGCUCCUGUGCUCUUCCCAGGGUCGAAGCAGCAGCUGGCAGGUGGUGGGCACAGCCAGUCCCCGUCCCCACCUGCUUGACCUGCAGUUCCCAGCGGGAAGGAGUCCAGGCAAGCCGCGCGUUUAAAGCUUCCCCGGCGGGACCAAGAGUGUGGCCAUCAGCCAGGGAACGGUGGCUCAUAGAGGUAAGGAGCCCAGGCAAAGAAUAAGAGCAGUCUGGAAAACAGAAUAACAAGCAACUUUGAAAAGGAAAACAAAUCAAGCCAGACAUCAAAAUAUUUUCCAUUUCCUCCAGAAACCACACAAUUCUUCUCCUUCCCCAGUAGGUGAGAGACAAAGGAGAGAAAAUUAAGGGGAGAUUUCAAGCUGGAAAAUGUGGAGUAUGCGGAACUCAAGGAUACAUUUCAUGAAAAGUCAAGGGAGAUUAUUUUUUCAUUCAGAAAAACGGCAAUGUCUGGAAGUCAGUAGGGAGGAAAAGGUCAAUUGAACAGCCACAUAGGGCAGACAGUAAUGCAGAUUUCGCCCUGUGAGGAAGGGAACAGUAGCUGCAAUAAAAGCACCACUAAACAAGGUAUCACGCAUGGUGGAAAAGCUCCACCGAUAUGCAUAUUGUGGGGAAAGUACAGACUUCAAGUCAUGGCUGAUUAUGCAGGAAAUGAUUCACAUUGGAGAAAAGCUAUACAAACACUCUGAAUGUGGCAAAAACUUGGAUCAAAACAGCUCCCUCGUGCUUGAUGGAAGGACUCAUACAGGAAUGGAGCUUUAGCAUGCAAGUCAACUUGGUGAAACACCAGAGGAUUUAUAUCGGGCAGAAAUCAUAUAAGUGUCUAAAUUGUGGGAAAAGUUUCAGUCAGAAUUCCAACCUGGUGAACCACCAGAGGACUCACACAGUAAAGAAAUCAUAUGUAUGUCCAGAUUGUGACAAAGGUUUCAUUAGAAAAUUUCACCUCACAAGACACCAGAGGACACACACAGGAGAUAAACCCUUUGAAUGUCCUGAUUGUUGGAAAUGUUUCAGUCGAAAUUAUGACUUGGUGAUACACCAAAGGACGCACACAGGAGAGAAACUGUAUGAGUGCCCAGAUUGUGGGAAAAGUUUCAUUCAAAAAUCCCAUCUAGUGAAUCACCAAAGGAUUCACUCAGGAGAGAAACCGUAUGAGUGUCCAGAUUGUGGUAAAAGUUUCAGUCAAAAAUCCCACUUAGUGAAUCAUCUGAGGACUCACAUAGGAGAAAAAUCAUUUGAAUGUCCUGAUUGUGGGAAAAGUUUCAUUAGAAAAUUCCAUCUAACAAGACACCUAAGGUCACACACAGGAGACAAGCCCUUUGAAUGUCCUGAUUGUGGGAAAAGUUUCAGUCACAAUUCCAGCCUCAUGAAACAUCAGAGCACUCACACAGGAGAGAAACCCUUUGAAUGUCCUGAUUGUGGGAAAAGUUAUAGUCAGAAUUCUGACCUGGUAAUACACCAGAGAACUCACACAGGAGAAAAACUGCACCAGUGCCCAGAUUGUGGGAAAAGUUUCAGUUACAAAUCCCAUCUAGUGAAUCACCAGAGGACUCACACAGGAGAGAAACCAUAUGAGUGUCUGGAUUGUGGGAAAAGUUUCAGUCAGAAUUCCCACCUGGUGAACCACCAGAGAACUCAUACAGGAGAGAAACUGCAUGAGUGCCAAGAUUGUGGGAAAAGUUUCAGUCACAAAUCCCACCUAGUGAAUCACCAGAGGACUCAUACAGGAGAGAAACCAUAUGAGUGCCCAGAUUGUGGCAAAAGUUUCGCUCAGAACUCCAACCUGGUGAACCACCAGAGGAUUCACACAGGAGAGAAACACUAUGAGUGUCCUGAUUGUGGGAAACGUUUCAGUCACAGUUCCAGCCUGGUCAUACACCAGAGGUCUCACACAGGAGAAAAACCUUUUGAAUGUCCUAUUUGUGGGAAAAGUUUCAGUCGAUACUACAGCCUGGUGAACCACCAGAGGACUCACACAGGAGAGAGACCGUAUCAGUGUCCUGAUUGUGGGAAAAGCUUCAGUCACAAUUCCAGCCUGGUGAAACACCAAAGGACUCACAAAGGAGAGAAAUUGUAUCAAUGUCCUGAUUGUGGGAAAAAUUUUAGUCACAAUUCCAGCCUGGUGAUACACCAGACAACUCACAAAGAAGACAAAUCCUUUGGAUGUCCUGAUUGUGGGAAAAGUUUCAGUCAGAAUUCCAGCCUGGUGAAACAUCAAAGGAUUCACACAGGAGAGAAACCUUUUGAGUGUCCUGAUUGUGCGAAAAGUUUCAGUCAGAAUUCCUGCCUGGUGAAACACCAGAGGACUCAUACAGGAGAAAAACCUUUUCAGUGUGUUGAUUGUGGGAAAUAUUUCAGUCUCAAUUCUAGCCUGGUAAUACACCAGAGGAUUCACACAGGAGAGAAACCUUUUGAAUGUCCUAUUUGUGGAAAAAGUUUCAGUCAGUACUGCAGCCUGGUGAUACACCAGAGGACACACACAGGAGAGAAACCCUUUGAAUGUCUUGAAUGUGGGAAAAGUUUUAGUCAGAAUUUCAACCUGGUGAAACACCAGAGGAUACACACAGGAGAGAAACCCUUUGAAUGUCCUGAUUGUGGGAAACGUUUUAGUGUGAAUUCUAGCCUGGUGAUGCACCAGAGGACUCACUCAGGAGAGAAACCAUUUGAAUGUCCUGUUUGUGGGAAAGGUUUUAGUCAGAAUUCCAACCUGAUGAAACACCAGAGGACACACACAGGAGAGAAACCCUUUGAGUGUCCUGAUUGUGGGAAACGUUUUAGUGUGAAUUCUAGCCUGGUGAAACAUCAGAGGACUCACACAGGAGAGAAACCCUUUGAAUGUCCUGAUUGUGGGAAAAGUUUCAUUAAAAAUUUCCACCUCGCGAGACACCAGACGACUCACACGAGAGAAAUCUUUCAGAUGUCCUCUCUGUGAACAAUGCUUCAGGCAUAAAUCAUCUCUUAUUGCCCACAAGGAAAUCCACUUGAAUCAAAAGUUGAUGAGUUUAGAGAAGGCUUGAAUUUCACUUCUGAACUCUCAUUAGAAAUGUAGGUCAGGAAUGUACUAUUUGAAUUCUGGCCUAAUGCUUUUUAGUCAAAUACAUCUCAGCAGUAGACUUGUAGGUGAAUAGAAAAAAAUCUUAGUUCAAUAAAGUCUAACUACCUGUUUCCGUUUAUCA